CCGGCCGGAAAUUUCGUCACCGGGCAGCUGGCUCCCAGGGGGCCCUGGUCAAACCGGCAUCCCAUGUCAAUAGACUGCCGGCAAUGAAACACUCCCCACUUUCUACAAUCUCUCUCCCUCCCUUUGAAACUGAUCUCAGGACUGUUUUUGUUCAAGCGCAGUGGAGGAUCUCUUGGUGCAGCACUUGGACGCUGUGGUGGUGCUUCGAAUUGUGUAGUCGUAGUGGAGAUAGAAGUAGUAGUGGUGGUGAAUGUGAGAGCACUUGUUGAAGGGAAAGGAGACAGUUUUCCUGGACUGAUUGUGAGAGGAGUUUAGAUUGGGGGCUUGAAUCUGGAUGCGAGAGCAGAGCGGCGGAAGGAAUUUUGUUUUUGUUUUGUUUGGUUUUUUGUGAGAUUUUUCCCGAAGUUGGGAAGGGAAUUGGAGCAGGUGGGGGAUUGUUGGUGGAAGGGUCGAUUGGCAAGGCAGGGUUGAGAGGGUAGCGGAUGGCAGUGGCGAUGGAGGUUGCGUGGAGGGGUGCGGAAUUAGGCAAUAGCCCGGUUGUGUUGGAAAUGAGCAAGAAGCGUACCUGGGGUGCAGACACAGAGAAAUUGAUGCAGCUCAUGAUGGGGCAGUUUGGAAGCUCCUCCUCGCCUGCUGUGGGUGGAGGAGACGUGAAGCAGGAGGUGGAUGUGACACUGGACUUGUUGGGCACCGCUGCAGGUUCGUCACCUGCUAGUGGGACUGAAUUGGACUGCCACUCCUCCGCUGAGUUUCUGGAGCUGGACCCCGAUCAGCCACUCCCCUCAGGCUGGGAGAAGUGCCUUGACUUGAAGACAGGAGAGCUAUAUUUUCUGAAUAAGAGCACCGGUGUGAGGACGAGCGAGGAUCCACGCAAGGUGCAGCAAACUGUCAUUGUGAUGAUGACCCCAGCAGCAGCCGACGUGGUGCCUGCAGCUUCACCUCUUGCACACGAGUUUCUCGGUAGCAAGCGGUCAGAGACGCUUCGUGAGGAGAGCUUGAGGACUUCGACAUCGUCUACUUCCUCGGGAGGUGCAAGUCCACGCGAGAGCAGGCCCGUGGGACAGCAGCUGCUUUCAUUUUCCACGGGCAAACAGCUGUGGAAUCUCCAACUGGAUGACCGCAGCAUUUUGAGUCUGAACAAGACGGGAAGCCCCGGGGCCCAACCCCUGGCGCUCCCCAAUUCGUCGGAUGAGGAGGAAUCCAACCUAGAGUUGAACUUGAACUUGGCCGCGGGCGGAAACUCCCCACGGUCGCAACAGCGCACACAGCAGCAAAGCGUGUGCACGAUGGAGAUGGUGGAGAUGGCUUUGAAGAGGACGGAGAAGGCCAUGGGGAAGCGGGUGAUGCGUACUACCACAGGCUUCGGUUCAAAGCAUUCCGGGUCGUCGUCCUUCUCUUCGCUGACCUCGUCCCGGUCUGAGUCAUGGUCGCAUUCUUCCCCAUCAACCAGCAGCUCCUCGUCCACAUCCUCAAGGUCUGGCCACCAGAGUGCAUCGCACCACGACGACUCCCAAGUGUUGAGGUCCCCCAUUCCAGGGGUUUGCGAAGUGGAGAGCCAAAAAAGCGAGACCCUUGUGAUGGGAGGGUGCACCAGGUGCCUCAUGUACGUGAUGCUGAACAAGAGCGACCCCAAGUGCCCACGAUGCGAGAGCGAAGUGCCGCUGGACUUCAGUUCUCCGUCAUCCUCCUCUAAGAGACAACGAGUCGAAACUCCCACAAUUCAGACGUCGUAAUCUCAGUCUUCUUCGUUGGAUUCUGAUAGUUAUACAAGAAGUGGUUUCUUGAGUUCCCUUUCCCACGCCACUGGAGUCACCCAGAUUCCGUGUAAGAAAGGCUGCGGAGACACUUGGUUACCGAAGUAGGAAGGGGAGAAGGGUUGAGAGUCGCCCAAUUUCUCUGCUCGAGAAAAUAAGUAGGGAUUCUAGAGAUAGGUGCUCUCAUGUACAUUGUAAAUUUGUAGUUAAACGUUAAAAAGAUACAUUGCUGGCGCUGAAUAAGUGGCGGCAGGAAAUUGUACCAUGGUUUUGUCACACAGUAAAGUCGCUGAUGCUACUAGCGGAUCACCACACAA